AUGCGCUCUUUCGCCAUUCUCCCCGUUCUCUCCCUUCUUGUCUCCUCGGCCACCGCUGCCAACUGGGGACUCGAUUUCUAUUCAUCAAAGAGCUGCAUCGAUGCUCAUGGACUCAUGUCUUAUGGCGACAGCGUUUCCGAUGGUUGCCAGAAUAUCGAGUCCGAAAAGUUGAUCCACGCCGUUCAAGGUGACGGUCUUGGAACCACAUGGCAUGCGAAGAUCUACUCCGGAGCCGAUUGCACCGGCAGUGAGCACACUCUCACUGGCAGCAAGUGUAAUGACUGCCAGAACCUCUUCGGUGAUGGAACAACCGACACAAUCCUGUCUUGGAACGUCAGUUUGAUCCCAAUGUUUGAGAUACCAGUACUUCUUUACUAA